GUGUUGUGUGUGCGAAUUUCUCUGGAAGUGCAUAUGCACUGAUGCCAGUGUUUACUUUCCUCGCUUGCUGCCCCCUUUUACCUAUUUCAAAAGCUUUCAAAUCCGGAUGAAAUUAGCAUUUUUGUUACAUUCCAUGGGUUAGCGUAACGCGUGAGUCAUAAACUCUUCAAAAAAUUUCAGUUUUUUCUACUAAUUAUCACAUUGUAGUCUACAGUAAGUAACAACUACAUGUCGAGUGUUUCAGUCACGGCAGCUUUCGCAAUUAGAUCGUCAAUGUCGCGAAUAAUUCCCACCACCAGCAGUUCUCUUUAUUGUUUUGCUCGACAUCCACUCUAUUUCGCAUGCAUUCUUGUGUGAUAUGAUGCGUUUCUAGGAUGGCGCAAGGAAACAUUUUAUUUCGAGAGAUUCACAAAAAUGCCUGGUUGAAGCGACUUCCACCCCCUGACAAGAAACUUGUAUCUCAUCUAAAGAAAGGGGAGCGUGUUUGGACUGUUUUUUGUGUACACAAUGACAAAGAACCCUUACUUGAAUUAUAUAAUGAUCAGAAGGAGGCAGGAGCUCACAAACCAGAAGCUGUUAUUCAGCUCAGCCCAGUAUUACACAUUUCACCAACAUUGUGUGCAACUGAGGAUGAAUUUGAAUUCGUCAUCACUCUUCCAUCGGAAGUAAUUCGCUUCACUGCUCCAACAUGGGACCAAAUGAUGGAAUGGGUUGAUAGCAUGUGUUCCAAGCUGCGAGAAAUGCGGAUACUGUCACCCAAAGAAAAUCUUUACAGCAAGAUGCCUGAGCAGCGGCCACUAUUGCUUCCAACAAGGGAUCCAAACUCACCUCUACCUUUACCUCCUGCUGGGCCAUCAAGUGUUGUGCUGGGUGUUGAGCCUGUACCCGUUACUUUACCUGACCAAAGUGCAGACUCAGCCAUCAUAACUGAUUCGAGCUCAAGCGGGGAUAGGACAAAUCCUUCAAACCUUCCUAAUGGAGUUUCAGAAUUAGUCAUGAAUCAUUCCAGCCCUAUUUUUGAUACUGCCUCUAGUUCAAGGGCUUUACAGAGGCUUUGCAGUCCAUCUCGCACCACUGCAGCAUCACCGUUCACUGUAAAACUUGGUUCCCCCCAACCGACAGUAUCAAAUCCUUCCUCCUCAUCUAUUCCCCCUCACACUAACCCCAGCAGCAGUAACUCGGAUCAUAUCAGUAGUAUUAGUAAUGUUAGCAACUGCAGCGAUAGCAAUCGGCAUCGCAGUAAUAACGUAAAUAAUGUGACUGUGAUUGAAGUCAGCUCCUCAGAUGCAAGUAGUCAGCUUCUAAGUUCAGGUGUAUUUGAUUUUAGUUUUGUGAAUGAGUCUUUACCUGCUAAUGCGGAAAAUGAGGAAUUUUUUACUCCCCCCGGUACACCUGUUUUGCCUCGAUCAGUGGCCAGGUUCAUUUCUAACUCUCUCUCAGGGAUUAAACAAAGUCAGCCCUCUAACUCUCAACAGGUGGGCUCUGUUGUGGCGGUUGACUACCCAUCAGCAUCUAGUGGUCAUAGUGAGUACAAAACCAAUAGUGAAGUUAACCAACCUCUCAGCAUUGAUGGUUGUGAGACGAUGGUAAAUGCUGUGACUGCAACAGUUAGCCCUGUAACAUCCUCUUCAACUUCUGCCGUUUCUGUUCUUGUUCCCUCCCAAGCUUUAUCUCCUCCUCCAUGUUCGUCUCCAUCAAUUGCCUCGGUUCCAUUCUCAUCUGAAAACAACUCCAGCGACAGCAAUGUUUACGAGCAUUUAUUCCUGUCAACCAAUCAGACGCCUCAGUCGCCGUCUCAGCUAGACCCUAUGCCUCAAUCUCCAACAAUCAAUGAAGAUAUAGUGACACCAAUAGUAGCCACCCCUCUGAUAUCGAAUAUUCAUGGUCCAGUGAGCAGAGGGCGUGGGAAUAUGCGUUCACGGAGAAGAGGGUCUCAUCCUGAAGUAUCAUCACCUAUUGCUGCUGAUAGGAUCCGUAUAGUUCCUUCACACCGAUUACAACCAGCUCCACGACCAGUGCGGCAGCCGAUGAGUGUGGAGCCAUCAGGUCCGUCGAGACUCACACUACGUGAACAGCAAGUCAUGCAGUUGCGGCGAGAAAUGCUUCAUCCAGGAGGUGUCCGUUUACAGGUACGUCGCAAAGACUGCCUUGGUCCUAUUGCUUUUGUAGAUGCCUUCAAUGCCGUUUGGGUUGCCGGCUGGAAGCAAAAAGAGCAUCCAAUGCUCUACAAUGUCCUUCAUAUCGGUGAUCAAAUUAUGAGUGUGGCUGGAGUUCAGCUGCAUUCUGCAGCAGACACACUUAAAGUAAUCAAAGGUGUUCAAAGUCUUUAUAUUGAAUUUGUCAUACGUCGAGUGCCGUGUGGACGGAUCUAUGCAAUCAGGCGCGAACGUGAAGGACAAAGUUUAGGCAUUGUUCAAGAGGGAACCGCUGAGAUUCGAGAAGUCAUACCUGGUAGCUUGGCUGCAAUGCAGGGACUCUCAUCACGGACGCCAACCAUGGAUGGCCUUUCCUUAACAUCAUGGGUUUUAACUGAGAUCAAUGGCCGACCGCUGAAUUUGUUCUUCAAAGAGAAUGAAGUGAGAGAUAGGCUGAAUGCAGUUGGUCUCGACAUAUCAAUUUUAGUACAACCAUUUGACUUGGUCAAACAAAUUAAAAAGCAGCUGAAGACAAUACGAAGUUACAAAGAUUUCAUUGUCCAGUGAUGUAUUCUCCUGAAAAUUGCCUGUACCUACCCAGGUUUAAAAUUACUAUUAGGAUAGUUAUUAAAAAUCAAUAACUAUUGCUCCAUGAUGCCUUUUUAUUUUAUUUCUAUCCUAUGUAGAGUUCCCAUGGUUAACAUGUAUUUAAGUACCUCCCACAGAAACUGAAAUUCAAUUUCACAAUCGGGCAAGUAUUUUUGGAGAUGAAUGGCUGAGCCGAAUGUGUCCUGCUUGUAGACCAAGCAAUGUGAGUACUAUCUUGAAAUAGUCAGAUCAAUGCAAAAACGCUUCUACUAAAAAUGUUUGGUAGUUAUUUGAAAAGAAAGACAGUGAUGGUUUUCUUCUCAAAUAAAAUUCCGGAUUUCUUUUUCUUGGAACACCUUACUGAUUGGACUAAAUGUAUUAUGUUAACAUGUAUUCAGUAUUUGGUGAUGUAUGUCUCUGUGAUGUUUGAUGUAAGAAGUCAUCAUUAGACUAUGGUGACUGUAACCUAUGAUAAGGUUUGCAGAUCUCUCCGAUCUCUCCAUGCAGCUGCCAAUGCCAGUUUCUCACAGAAAAUGCGUAUUGUGCUUUUUUUCUCCUAGACAUUAACCCUUUAGUUAAGUAUGCACCGUACCAGUUAAUCAAACCAGCAAUCAAGCAGAAAAUUAUUCAAAGAAUGAAAAGUUUGAGAAUCUAAUCCUGUAUUAAAUUUUCUUAUUAGCAGUUAACAGUCAUCUAUUGCAUAUCAUACAGCAUUGGAUUGCAAUCUUUUUUACUCUUUUUUCUUUCAUUUAACGAAGAGCAAUUACACAGCAAAGGUAAAUUUGUGAUUGCUGCCAUGUCCAUGUAACUUUGGAAUACAUUCUCAGACUUUCUCGCUUUCUGUAUAGUUGACGUGUGAAACUCGCAGGCUGUAUUGCAAAAAGAAAUUGCUUCUAUUUUAGGCCAAUCUAUUGAUCUUCUCUUAGUAAUUACAUGGAGAGUCAGGAAAGAGAUGUCCCUAACACAAAGAGUCAAAAGAUCUAUUUACUUCAGUCAAAAACAGCUAUUUCUCAAGCCGUACAAUUUCUUUAGUUUGAUACUUAAAGUAUCUGCCAAACUUGUAAGGUCUGAUUUUUUCCUACAUUUAUUACUGUAGAGAUGAAAUUCUAAAGUAUAAAUUAAAUUUUUAUCUUACAAGUAAGUCAAAUUUAGAUUCUCCUUUCCAUAAUUAAGGGGCUGGGAGGACAAGGCGCAUAAAAGUAAGUUUUAAAAAAAAUUGAGUUAUUCAUGAGCUCAACUAAAACUAGUUUGAAAGUAUUUGUAAGUAUUUGAAAAAUUCACAAUUAAAAUCCAACUUUUGAGCAUCAAAAAAUGAAUUUGAACUUCCUUUCUACCAUAAGGCUCCAAAGUAAUUUUUGAAACUAAACACCUAUUUCUUGAAAUAGCAGAAACUGCACGUUUGUGCCUUGUCCUCCAAGCCCCUCGAUUCAUCAUUUCUCAGACGAAAGAAUGUAUCUUUAUUUUGCCAGUGCUGUAUUUCUACUUGAAAAUUGGAACCUCACUGGGAAACUGACGAGGUUUCCAUUACCAAUUGAAAAUUUUGCCGAUUUCAUUAUGGUAAUGCGCAAAAAUCGGCAUAUUUUGGGAAGAAAUUGCAGUCAUAUUUUUGGAAAAAAAUUGAAUUGUUUGAGUCGAUUUUGCAUUCUUAAAAUAGAGUCGCGUUCCUGUGUCUGAAAAAAAAACGAAUUUCAGCCAAAAAUUCUACAGACUUUCAAUGGAUCACAUCGUUAAUAUUUACUACAAAAUUUCACCAAGGCCUUAACUUCUUCUCGAUUUUCUCUCAUCCCUUUCUUAAUUGUUUCUUGCAGAAAGAGGUAUCUAAACAUUCCGUAAAUUUUAAGAGUUCUUCAGUAAAGAAGAACAAGAAAGGGGUAAAAAAUAAUGAAAACUCUUUAAGAAAAUGGUUAAAAUCAAAUGCAGUGACUGGCAUUAAUCCAGGAUUAAUGGCAGUUUUCAAGUUAAGAAAUUUCUGUCACUUGAGCUAUCUUUUGGUUUCAAUUACUGCCCUUGACAGUCUCAAUUGACCAUUUUAAGGUACCUGCACACCAUCUUUAGGCAUACCCCUGAGUAUACCAGUAAAAUUGAGCGAAUGAUAGUGGUCAUGCUUGAAGGGGCUGUGUCUCCUGUGUCAAUAGCUGUUGGUAACAUCAUCUCCUGCAAUAACUCGAAUGUAGUAUCUUGAGUCCUUAUUUUUCAACAAAUGUUUUAUUAUCUAUCAUUUUAUAGAAGUCUUAUCCGUUCUUGUGAUAUAUUUUUAAAAACGGACUAGAAUAUUUUCGCUUUUGUUUUGAUUGUUUGUAUGUUUGAAAUUUUUACAACAGUUUGUUUUGUUAUUUUAAUUAUACCACCAAUAUAAUUAACAUGAAAA